AUGGUCGCCAGUGCUGUCCGGAUGCGCGCUCCCAGCGCCAUGCUCGUCAAAGGCGCCUCCUCCCUGAGGAGGCCGCAAGUCAUGCACAGAUUCAAGGAUGCUGUCCAACCCCAAUUGCCCGCCUUCGCUGCCCUUUCCCGUUUCUAUGCCUCCAAGUCCUUCCCCCCUCACACCAUCAUCAGCAUGCCUGCCCUGUCGCCGACGAUGUCCGCUGGAAACAUCGGUGCCUGGCAGAAGAAACCCGGUGAUGCCCUGCAGCCCGGUGAUGUUCUGGUCGAGAUUGAGACCGAUAAGGCGCAGAUGGACUUUGAGUUCCAAGAGGAGGGUGUUUUGGCCAAGGUUCUGAAGGAAACCGGUGAGAAAGACGUUGCUGUCGGCUCCCCUAUCGCCGUUUUGGUAGAAGAGGGUGCCGAUGUUUCGCCAUUCGAGUCGUUUACCGCUGCGGAUGCCGGUGGUGACAAGGGUGCUGCUCCGGCUCAGGAGAGCAAGGAAGAGUCCAAGGAUGUUGCCGAUGCUGCGCCCGCGUCUACACCAGCCCCCGAGCCUGUUGCUCAGGAGCCCGAGACCUCGGGUGAAAGACUUCAGCCUAGUCUUGACCGCGAGCCUAACAUCAGCCCUGCUGCCAAGGCUCUUGCUCUAGAAAAGGGUGUGCCAAUCAAGGCUCUUAAGGGCACUGGCAAGGGCGGUCAGAUCACCAAGGAAGAUGUUGAGAAGUACAAGCCCAGCGCGCCUGCCGCAGCUGCUGGUCCCACUUAUGAGGAUAUUCCUCUGACCUCCAUGCGCAAGACUAUUGCCAGCCGUCUUCAGCAGUCCACAAGAGAGAACCCCCACUUCUUCGUCUCGACUACUCUGUCUGUGACUAAGCUUCUGAAGCUUCGCCAAGCCCUUAACGCUUCUGCCGAUGGCAAGUACAAGCUUUCUGUCAAUGACUUCCUCGUCAAGGCUUGCGCCGCCGCUCUUCUGAAGGUUCCCGCUGUCAACUCCAGCUGGCGCGAGGAGAACGGCCAGGUCGUCAUCCGUCAGCACAACACCGCCGACAUCAGUGUCGCCGUUGCCACUCCCGCUGGACUGAUCACUCCUGUUGUGAAGAACGUUCAAGGUCUCGGCCUUUCUGGCAUCUCUAACCAGAUCAAGGACCUUGGCAAGCGUGCCCGUGACAACAAGCUUAAGCCCGAAGAGUACCAGGGUGGUACUUUCACUAUCAGCAACAUGGGAAUGAACGCUGCCGUUGAGCGGUUCACCGCUGUUAUCAACCCUCCUCAGGCUGGUAUCCUGGCUGUUGGUACUACCCGCAAAGUCGCCGUCCCUGUCGAGACUGAGAACGGUACCGAGGUAGAGUGGGAUGACCAGAUCAUUGUGACUGGUAGCUUCGACCACAAAGUGGUCGAUGGUGCCGUUGGUGCCGAGUGGAUCAAGGAGCUGAAGAAGUGCAGCCGUGCCCCAGAUGUUGGUAGGGUUUAUAAGGACGAAUCCGAGAGCACGGCUUCUUUAGUCGAUGUAGAUUCACCUCAUGUUACUGCGGUAGACCCAAAUUUCUUGAAUCAGGAUAUCAAGACCACUACUCAGGCUGAACGAGUAGAACGAGAGGAAUCGGAGAAGAAGAAGAAAGCUCAAGAAGAACAGAACGCGAAGGCGAAGGCGAAGGCUAAGGCUAAGGCUUCUGGCGUGUGCCGGAACGCAGAUAAUCCGGUUUACAUCGGCAAUGCUGUGCUUCUGGGCUUGGUGGGCGCAGGGCUAGGAUUCGGUGCAUACAGGAAGCACCUUGAUGGCAAACUCUCUUGGGAGUUGGUUGGACUUUGGUCCGGCGCUGUUGGCGCGUUUGGUGCGGUUGAUUAUUUCGUCAGCAAGAUUAUAGGCCAGAUUGCAGCUUCCCUAGCCUCCCUAUCACGCACAGUCGAUGAUUACUCGGCCCUAUCGAAAAAAGAGUUGAUUCCUGAGAAGCAGCAGAAGGCGUUCGAGAGAGUAAAUAACUUCCGGUCGGAGCUUGCAGAUUACCGACAGCAUUUCGAUGGGCUACGGAAAGAACGAGAACAAGCGCAAUCUGUGGCAAACAGUAAUGAGCUACUUGGUCGACGUCCGCAUCAUACGGCGACGCCAGAGAAUCCAUACGCCCAAUCUUCCCUUCCCCAGUCGUCAGCCUUCGCUCCUUCUUCGUCCCGCGGGGGCCUGAGUUUCGGCUCUUCACCUGCGGAUUACAACCGUGAGACGCAUGCGCUUCGCGAGCAAUCGUUCUUGGCUAGUACAAGCACACAGCUCGACGACUUCCUUGAUCGGGGACGUGCGGUACUUGCAGAUCUGGGGCAGCAGCGAGAGGUGCUGAAGGGAACACAGCGUCGAUUGUAUAGUGUCGCGAAUACCUUGGGUGUCAGCGGCGAAACUAUUCGGAAAGUUGAGCGACGGGCAAAGCAAGACAAGUGGAUCUUUUGGGGUGGAGUUCUGACAUUCUUCCUAUUCUGCUGGGCCGUGCUGCACUUUUUGAGAUAA